CCGGAAGUGUGCGACUGUAUGCGCUCUCACUUCCUGGCGUAGCUCUCCGAUCCCUUUAAUUUUCUCGGUCUUUCUCGCCUUGAGUUUAAUGACUAUCAACACCCGGCGUUUGUUAUGGCCGAGGAUUUAGAGUUCUUCUCUUGACCGACUUAUCAAUAAUUCUGGUGGACCCGGCAUUAGUAUGGCGUAUUAUAUUCGCGAGGGCACAUUUGAUUUUCAGGCGUCGUAGUCGGCUAAUGUCAGUAGACGUCAGGUUAGCUAACAUGGCUAGCGUGUGGUAACGAGAGUUGAAAAAGUAAAGUAUCGUUAGAUGUUCGGUAUUCAGUUUUUCUCUCUCUCUCUCUAAUGUGCGUUGUUCCAUACAUGUUCACCACAAGCCAAACCCUACAUUGAUCUACCUAGUGUGUUAUCGUUAAAACCUAACGGUAAGCUCGUUGUUUAGUUUUUGUCAACUAGCUUCAGACCGUUAGCUUUCAUCACCAGCUGCCAACAUGAUGGACUUUGAUAAUAUAUUGGACAUUGCUACGCAAAACAAGGGCGACAACAGUGUACAGAAGAGAUACAGUUUACAAGCUGGUCCACCCAAAAAGGACCCAAGGUCUAAAGGUGUAAGCUCUGCUGCUGUGGAGGCCCUUCUGAAAAAGCAAAAUUGUGACAGAAAAAAGAAAGAAUUAGAAAUGAAGAAACAGAAGGAUGUAUUAUUUGCCAAGAGGGUUGAAUUGAAGUCAGACCGCAAAGCACGAGCAAUGGCAUCCAGAACUAAGGACAAUUUUAGAGGCUAUAAUGGUGUACCAGUGGUUGAGGUUCCUAAGAAAAGGAGAUCAGACCUAGAUAUGCAAAAUAGCGAAUCCAUGACUUCUCAUGGUUUUAGGAAUACUACAAUUGACCCAGAGGAUGAGGAUAACUAUGAAUAUGAGGAUUCAGAGUCGGAACCAGAGCCAGAGCCAUUGAGACCAGGGAAAUCCUCACAAGAUAGGUCUAGUAGUAGCAAGUCCUUUUCUAAAAAAACCAAGCCUGCUCCACCUCCAAUGAACUUUGCAGACCUACUCAAACUAGCAGAGAAGAAGCAGCAUGAGCCAGUGGAUUUGAAACCCAAGGUAGUGAAAAAAGAAGAAAGACUCCGCACUGCUGAUGAGAUUAAGGAAGAAGAGAUGGAGCGCAAGGUGAAGAGAAUAGAUAAAUUCAGAGACUCAAAGACAGAGAGAGAAAGAGACAGCAAGUCUCAAUCUAGCUCUAGUUCAACAAGGACAGCUCCUUCAGAGAAGGAGCAGAAAAUCUGCAAAAUGCAAAAGAACUUGUCAGAGAAACAAAGUCUGCCAAGUGGGUCAGGGAAGAAGUUACAAAGCGACAGGGGCCACUCUUCCUCCAAGUCUUCUAUUGGUGCUAGAGAGAGAGAAAGACCCAAGAUAUCCCAGAAUGAUAGAGACAGAUCCAAGUCUAGUUUGAGUAGUUCAUCUAGUGCCAUAAACGGUAAAGGUCUUUCAAAAACCACCUCAUCUCAGGUUUCAAUCAAGCAAGCCCCCCCCAAGGUGUCAUCUAGCCACAAAUCCAGAACCUCAAGUGACCUUAGCUUCAAAAAAGAAAGCUCAUCAUCAUUUCAAGGAAGAUCACCUGGUAUUGCUGGGACCAGGCCCCCUGGUGCUGCUAUAACAGGCCAAAAAUCUCAACAUGGGACCUCACAGCAGACCACAUUGAGUCAUGGUGGCUCCUUAAAACAGAGGGCUACAGUUGGAGUCAGCAAGUCCGGAAAAGGAGAACCACUAAAAACUGGGAUUCCUUCUUCAGUAAAAUCAAUCGGUAAUUCAGUACGAAAUUCAUCAGGCGGCCCUCCUAAGGUAGGGAGCCAACCUCAGCCAAGGCCCGGAGGAAAACUCCCUGCUAAAGCUGCUGGUCCCGCUGCACAGGCCAGACCUGGUGGGAGUGGUCCCCAGCGUCCCCCUGGAGGUAAUGGAUCCCGACCUCCAGGGUCUAUUAGUAGUCGGCCUGGUAGUGGGGGACCUGUACCUGGGCGAUCACCUGGCCCUAUGGGAUCAGGACCUGGAAGACCAAAGUGCACUGUGGUAUCAGAGACCAUCUCAUCCAAAAAUGUAGGUGGAUCCAGACCAGGGGGUCCUCCUCGACCAGGCAUGCCACAAAGACCGGGCAUGCCACCCAGGCCAGGCAUGCCACAAAGACCAGGCAUGCCACAAAGACCAGGCAUGCCACCUGGACCAGGGAUGCCUCCCAGACCCUUGAUGAACAGACCACCAGGUACAAUGCUACCACCUAUCACAUCUGCGUACAAGAGGAAAUAUGAAGAAGAAGAAGACGAGUAUGACUCAGAAAUGGACGAUUUUAUUGAUGAUGGAGAAGACGAUCAGGACGAAAUUUCCAGGCACAUUAAGGAAAUUUUUGGCUAUGAUCGAAAAAGAUACAAGGAUGAGAGUGACUAUGCACUAAAAUUUAUGGAGAGCAGCUGGAAAGAUGUGCAGAAAGAAGAGGCCAGGAGUCUGAAAAUGGCUGUGCAAGAAGAUCUGGAGGAGGAGAAAAGAGAGGAAGAGGACUUCAAAAGGAACACUGUCAAGAGGAAAAAAAUAAACUGACGCUCCUAAUGAAUGAAUAAACUGAUAAAAAGAAACCUCUGGUGUCUCUGGAAACAUGGUGCAAUAGGUCUGCCAUUGUGAAGGCCUGUGAUUGUUCACACCCUGGCAUCCCAUGGUUUCUCUCUGAUAUUCUCACUGUUUGGACAAAAACUUGGGCGCAAGAAGAAAGGAGAAGUUUGCACAAAACAUUCAGGACAUGGAUGUAAUGAAAAUAUUUCCAGUUGUAUUAUUUAUCCAGGGUUCAUACUGUGAGCAAUCCUAAUUCCUAGAAGGAACUCGGCUGCGAAGAGAAUGGGACUUUUUUGCAUACAACGUCUCGCAGUAAUAACAUGCUUUGACAAGCACGAUGCAUAUUUUCCAACAAACCUUGAUGGAAAACGUAAAUUUUGAUGCAGAAAUUAUUUUCAUUGUGUUUCUCUUUUAAAGAUUUUGAUCAGAAUAGUUGCAUAAAGGGUUUUAUUUAAAUGUCUUAAGUCUUGCAUUGUUCUCUCAUACAAUGACAAUCUUACUUAUAUAUAUUUCCAAAAAAAUUCUGCCGAAAAUUACAGAAAUUUUGUUUGUUUUCAAUGAAAGCAAUGAAACAUUUUCUUGACAUGAGGAUUAUUGUUUUGUUUUUUUAAAUAAAGUUAGUCAUUUUCCUGUUCACAUGACCUGUGAUGUUUGUCGUAAACAUCAACUGCUGACCGGACCAAGUUGCAGCAGAUAUAGAUUUAGAAAUGUGGACCUUGGACAUAUUGACAUAUUUCAAACAUAUCCUUUGUUAAUAUUUAUAGAAAAUAUAAAUACACAAUGACUUUUUGUUAGUCACGUUUCUAUAAUGUAUUUGCCUAAGUUAUGUGUGCUUGACUCAUCGUUAUUUUGAUUAUCGCUUUGAGUGUUUUUUUUUAAAGAAUUAAAACAAGUUUUCUGAUUUUGUUAGUUGCAGCCCCGAAGUUAUGGACACUAUUGUAAUCACAAUUAUUUUGAUCUACAAUAAAUAUUUAUUUUA